AUGAAGUUGGACUUACUGGGGGGAGAUGCAUUUGUGAACAAAGGAUUUAAGUCGUGGAAUAAGCCGGACAGAUUUACGAAGCAUAUUGGUGGAGUAAAAAUUACUCACAAUCUUGCUUAUGAGAAAUAUGUGAACUUAAGAGAUGGCAAAAAAAAGUCUAUUCUUGUUUCUCUUGAUAAUGCCACCGAGAUUCGAGGACAAGGAUAUGAUGGGGCUAGUAACAUGAAGGGUGAAAUACAUGGAUUGAAGACUUUGAUUAUAGAAGAUACUCCAAGUGCUUACUACGUCUAUUGUUUCGCCCACCAACUUCAACUGACUCUUGUAGCCAUUGCAAAAAAGAACGAUGAAUGGGCUUGGCUUUUUGAUACGAUUGCAAAUUUAUUAAAUGUUGUAGGAGUUUCUUGCAAGAGACGAGAAUUGAUUCGUGAAAUUCAAGCACAAAAACUUGCUCAAGCCUUGGAAAUUGACGAACUUGAAACAGGGUCUGGGUUAAAUCAAGAACUUGGUUUGAAGAGGCCCGGGGACACUCGUUGGAGUUCUCACUACAAGACUCUUUUAAAUGUCAUGGACCUAUUUUCUACAAUUGUUAAGGUUCUUAUGAUUAUUGGAAAGAAUGGCUCUAAUCGGAUGAUAAGUGCAAAGCUCAAGAUUUGGAAGCUUGUUACGUGCCUCAUGGAAGAUGAAAGCGUUUUGUUCAACAAGUUUCCUAUCGUCAUCAUUUUCGCAUUGAUUCCUAGAGAUGGCUUCUCUUCUUUUGACAAAGAAAGUGUACUCAAACUUGCAACAUUUUAUCCUUCUGAUUUUUCAAACAUUGAUUUGAGGUCUCUUGAUUGUCAACUUGAUAUAUUCAUGGAGGAUAUGAGAAGAGAUAAUGACUUUCAGAAUUUGCAAGAUCUUAGUUCUCUUUCAAUGAAGCUUGUUGAAACAAAGAGGGAUGUGGCUUACCCUUUUGUCUUUUUGCUUAUCAAGCUGAUUUUGAUUCUUUCGGUUGCUACUGCAAGUGUAGAGAGUGUAUUUUCUGGAAUGGCGUUUAUGAAGAAUAAGUUGCGAAAUAGAAUUGGUGAUAAACCUUUGAAUGAUUGUUUGACGACUUUCAUUAAGAAAGAAAUGUUUCUACAAGUCUCAGAUGAUGAUAUAGCCCAUCGCUUUGAGAAAAUGAAGACUCGUAGAAAAAUAAAUUAG